AUGGAGCCUGAAGCGAAAAUUGGCGUGAACCCAUAUAUGAUCUGGUGUCCUUUCGGCCGUCGAAGUUGCAAGGCUGUUGAUUUUCUCCACACCGGAAUAAUUCCUGAUGUUGCUCUGUCUGUUUUAAUUUGUAGGCAAAUGAAAAGCAUAGAGGAUGACCUUUACAACUUUGGGCUUAUAUUACUCGAGUCGCUUAUAUUUUCAAAUCAUGAAAAGAAGAGAAUACAGGUGAAAGCAGCGGCUGAAGGUUUUGAAGGCACUUUUGAUACAGGGUUUGAUUCACAACAGAAGGAGCUAGAUGAUGGACAAAUACUAGAACACGUGCUUAAGGAGUAUUUGGGUUUUGGAUCUUAG